UAGAGAGAGAGAGAGAGAGAGAGAGAGAGAGAUGGCAGAGACUGGAUAUUGCUGGAUGUCAGCAAGAAACAUGAGCCCCAUCAGCAGUAGAAGAAGUCCAUACUCAGUCCAUUACAUGCUACGCCCAACCUCCAAAAUCAGAGCUUCUAUCAGAAGAAAUGAUUUCUCACUGAUAACCACGAAAAAGACUAGUACUAGUCAUAAUAAGGCAGCUUCACGACCUCUAAUCACCAUAUCAAAUGGAAGAUGGGAUGACAAAUGGAGCCGUCACUACACUUUCUCUCUUCAACAACUUCACCUGGACGACUUGGUUGAAGACGGCCAUGAGGAUGAUGCACAGGUCUCCAUCAACCUAUGCAUUCACAAGCACGCGAGCUUUGGCCUCUCGGUGGAAGGAAGGAUCGUCACAUCUUUCACCAGAAAAUGUAGAAACUGCUCUUCCCCAUACUGCAGAGAGAUUGAUGCAAACUUCAAUGUUUGGGUUCUUCCAUCAAGCAGACGCAGCAGCUCAACUCAGCUACCUGAAAUCGGUGGCGAUGAUCCAUCAGUGAUAUAUGUGAGACCAGGAUAUGAAGCUGCUGAACUUGAUUCACUUGUGCAAGACACACUUAGGCUCAAAGCCUCAGUAAAAGACACUUGCUCAGAGUCAUGUGAGAAAUCUGAACCUAAGUUGGAGUAUAUUGGUCAACAGAAAGCUGCUUCUAUUGAUAGAAGGUGGUCAAGACUAUUGGAGCUAAGGAAUUCAUGUCAAUAAUAAUAAUUGUUAAACAUUCCAAUAUUUCCUUAGGUGUGCAUGGUAGGGUGUUGAUAAAAUAAGUUAGCCUUAGUAUACCAAACCGUCGUCAUUAAUUACAUAUUUGAACAUAGAAUUAGCAGACAGUUUUUUUCCUUUCAGAGUCGAGCUUAUGUUUUCAGAAUUGCAGAGCCAAGCACUUAACAGUUGAACCAAGAAGUUGACAGAUUCAAUCUCGACAGGAUUUAUUCAAUUAAGCUUCUCUUUCUCGAUUUUCUGCAA